AUGGGUAGAUUUGCUGGUCCAUUUAGAGUUUCACCCUUUAAAAAUCUAAAAAUCUCACCAGUUGGCUUAAUCCCCAAGUCUGACGGGGGUUGGCGACUUAUAACUCACUUAUCUUACCCGGAAGGGAAAAGUGUAAAUGAUGGUAUUGAUGAUAAAAUUAGCUCAGUUAAUUAUACAUCAUUUGACAGUGUGGCAGAUAUGAUUUUUCGGUUGGGAAGAAACUCGGAAAUAUUUCGGCUUUUACCUAUUUCCCCGGAUGAUUUCUGUUUACUAGGUUUAAAAGAUAAUGAUGGAAAUAUUUAUAUCGAUAAGUUUUUACCGAUGGGUUGCAAGAUAUCAUGUGCAUUGUUUGAAAAGUUUUCAACAUUCUUACAAUGGUUAGUUCAGUACUUUGCAAAAAGAAAUACUAUGGAUCACUAUUUGGAUGAUUUCAUUUUUGCGGGAGCUCGCAAUACAAAUCAUUGCAGAGAGCUUGUUUCGUCAUUUUCAUCAGUUUGUGCUGCCAUUGGGGUUCCUAUUGCGGAAGAAAAAUCAGUAGGGCCUUGUACAAAGUUGAUAAUUUUAGGACUGGAACUAGAUUCAAUUUGCAUGAUAGUUAGGAUUCCCUUGCAUAAAGUUGAAGAAUUGCGUGAAUCUAUAUUUAAUGUUCUGCAGAAAAAGAAGGUUACAUUAAAAGAGUUUCAGUCAUUGGUUGGCAAGUUGUCCUUUUUUAGCCAGGCUAUUCGCUCAAGUAGAGCGUUUUUAAGAAGAUGCUAUGACGUUAUGACAGGUGUAAAAAAGCCACAUUACAGGUUACGUAUGUCAGUUUCAGUUAAGCUGGAUUUAAGUAUGUGGUUAACAUUUCUUGAGAAGUUCAAUGGUAUAACAUACAUACCAGCAGCCGACUGGUUGGACAGUGGUAGUUUGCAGCUAUUUACGGAUAGCGCAGGUUCUUCUCAUCUCGGUUGUGGUUGUUUUUAUAGUAAUGAGUGGUCGUUUUUUGCAUGGCCUAAAAGCUGGUGGUGUGAGGAAAUAAUGGCUGAUAUCACAUUUUUAGAAAUGGUUCCGGUUAUUCUUGCUUUGAGUUUGUGGGGAAAACAAUUGCAAUAUAAUAAAGUUUUAUUGAGAAUAGAUAAUGAAGCGUUAGUAGGGGUUAUUAAUAAACAGACAUCCAAGUCCAAACGUCUCAUGCAGCUGGUGCGUCAAUUUGUAUUAUUGGCUAUGGAAUACGGAAUAGUUUUUAAGGCAUUACAUAUUUCCACACACCUAAAUUCAAUUGCUGAUUCUAUUUCCCGUAAGCAGUGGGACCGUUUCCGGAAUUUAGCGCCAGAUGCGAACCAGGAACCUCAACAGAUACCAGAUCGUUUUCGGUCAAUGAUUUACAAUCUGAAGCUGCACGACUAUUAA